AUUGUGAUAUAUAUCAAUAACUUAUUCUAUCCAAACUUUGAUUUUCAUUGAUCAGUCAUAAAGACUUAAGAACAAUGGCCAGCAAGCUGCCUACCCCAAGUAGCAGGCUAAGGCCUCCUACUCGCCUGCAGCUACCAGCAGUAGGGGUGUCUGGGCCCAAGAGGAGGGCUAGUGAUGAAGGCGACAGCAACCCGUCUCCCUCCAAGCGCACUCGCAGCAGCUUGAAGGACCUGGGCAGCAGUCUCAGUCAAGGUUCAGAGAAUUCAAAAGUCUCCAUCAUGGGUCCUCCUACAACGGUUCUGAGACGUCCUGCUGUGCCAGCUGCACGCAAUAAGAUGCGCAGGUCAGUGUCUAUGGCAAGCUUGGCUGUGGGCAGCAACACAAGAAAUCCACCAGGUGCAGGUUUUGGCUCCACUUUGUCUCGCUCCAACAGUAAACUCUCCGGCUCCAACAUCAGCUUAACUGGCCGCCCUUCCAGCACUACCACCCGAGCCCCUGUUGCUGCCUCAACUCGGCGCCCUGGCACCAACAUCACCAGCAGAGUCAACAAUGCAGCGCGCCCCCCAGCUGCCAGCAAGGCUCCUGCUACUGAGACAGCACAACUACCAGCAGGCCGCAGCAAACGGCCGGCGUGGGACACGAAAGGAAGGCUGCAGGACAUGGAAGAGACGGUGCGCCUUCUGACGGCCGAGCGUCAAGACAACCAAGACAAGCUCGCCAAGUUUGAGUCAAAGCUCAGCGAACUGCACCACGAGAAACAGAGCCUCAACUCCCACCUCACCGUCACCAGCUCUGCCAGUCUUGAGAAGCAGGCACAGCUUGACAAACUCCAGGCACAGCUGCUGGAGCUGGAGCAAAGUGGAGAGGCCAAAUGCCGCUCCCUGGAGCGCUCCAUACGCAGGCUGGAGGAAGACCUCGCCGCCCGAGAGCGCGACAACAAGAACCUCUCUGCUGACCUCGACAUAAAAAUUGACGAAAUCAAUGCGCUUAAGCGCACAUUGAGCGAGUGCACAAGCGCGCAGGCGCUGGUGACGGCGCAGCUGGCGGCCGCGACGGCGCAGGUCGCAGAGCGCGGAGCUGAGGUCGUCUCCCUGAGGGCGGCCCUCAGCGACGCGCAGUCAGAGAUCUCAGCUCUCAGACGCGACCUGCUGCAAGGGGAGGCCUUCAGGAAGAAACUCCACAAUCAAGUGCAGGAGCUUAAGGUGCGAGCCGACAGCAGCUCGAUGUCAGGGCUGCGGAGCCACGCCAGCGGCGCCGUCGAGUUCGCAUACGACCGCGUCUUCGGGCCGAAACACACCCAAGCUGACGUAUUUGAGGAAGUGUCUCAGUUAGUGCAGUCUACGCUGGACGGCUACAACGUCUGCGUGUUUGCAUACGGGCAGACGGGCUCUGGCAAGACCUACACCAUGGAGGGGGGCAGCGGUUCUGAUGCUGGCAUCAUUCCACGCACCGUGGACCAUAUUUUUACGGAGAUGACGCGGCUGGCAGAGCAGGGCUGGGAGUAUAAGAUGGAGGUGAGCAUCUUAGAAAUCUACAACGAAGCUCUACGUGACUUGCUGGCCUCCCCUGCAGACGUGAAAAACCUCUCAUAUGAAAUCAAACUGACUGACGCUCGCUCCGCCCACACCCACGUGACCAACCUCAGGUUGGUGAGCGUGAGCAGUCCUGAGGAGAUCUACGAGUUGCUGCAGCUGGCACAGAGUCACCGCGCCGUCGCCGCCACCAACAUGAAUGCCAGGAGCUCGCGGUCGCACUCGGUCUUCCGCCUCGCACUCUCUGGCACUCAGGCCUCGUCUGCCACUACUGUUCAAGGGAGUCUGAGUUUGGUAGACCUGGCUGGGUCUGAGCGGCUGAAGGAGUCAGGGUCUCAAGGGGCCCGCCUCACGGAGACGCAGAACAUCAACCGCAGCCUCAGCAACCUUGGCAACGUCAUCAUGGCCAUUGCCCAGAAACAAAGUCACGUGCCGUACAGAAAUUCCAAGUUGACGCACCUGCUUCAGGCGUCACUGGGCGGCAACUCAAAGACAUUGAUGCUGGUAAACGUGAGCCCCCUGGACGCGUGUAUCAACGAAACGCUCAACUCGUUGAGAUUUGCGGCCAAAGUGAACGCAUGCCACAUCGGCACGGCCUCUAAAAUGGCUAAAAAAGUGUAAUAUAACUUUUUUUGUAUAUAAUAACUUUUGAAAUGGCCAUCAUGUUAUGUAUUAUAUAUUUCGCUUUUUCUGAGCUGAAGUGGUGGUGGAGUGAAUGUUUUAUUAAUCUGCUUUGCAUUUUCGAUGAUUUGCUUGUCGUUUUAAAUUCUUAUUUCAUCUGCGAUUAGGAAAUAAUCCUCGGUGUGAUAUUUGAUAUCACACCGUUAUUUUGAUAACUUUUUCAUAAAGAUAUAAAAAUUUAAUGUUUUUGAAUUAGGGUACUGCAAACUUGUAUUUUCUACCUAUGCUACUGCUUCGAUGGUCAAAUUUCUUGUAUUGCAUAUGCCAUGAAUUGACAUGUAGAAAAAGGCAAGACGCUUCACUUGAAACCUAAGGGCUUGAUUUUCAUUUGAUGUUCGCUUGUAUAAUUAUUGUUUAUAGUGCAGGCGCACAAUUAAACUUAUGUAAUCUUUAUUUUAUGCGCAUCUUAGCGCCACGAUUUGAGCCCAUCAUGAUCCUACGGGGCGGAAAACCUGAUGAAUAUUAGAAAUAUUAUACCUUAAUUCAGGUCUGAAGACUAACAAACUAGCUUAGUCGCUCGGGCGACUUUUCUGUUUUCAUUGCUCAAGCCUUGCAUGCUAUUGAGAAAACCUAUUUAUAUACUUUUUCAAAAGUCUUUGCAAUCAUUGACUUUACACGAACUCUUAUCAUCCAAAACAUCAUUAAACUUCUUCGUCUCAUCAUCAUUGACUUUACACGAACUCCUAUCAUACUUAAACUUCGCCUCUUCCGUCUUCUACUAUCAUCCAAAUCAUCAUUACACUUCGACUCAUCCUUCUACUACUAUCAUCCAAGUCGUCAUUAAAUUUAUUCGUCUCUUCCUCCUUCUAUCAUUAAGUCAUCAUCAUACUUCUUCGCCUCUUUCUUCUCGGAAGUGCAAUAGGCCAACAGUGUAAUUUUCUCGAGUUGUUGAAGCGUCAAUUAACGAUUUUUUCUAAUGUUAACCUGGGCCAUAAUUAAGCCUGGUACUUGGUGACAGUUUCAACCAAACUGGUUACGGUAUUAGCAUUUGUUCCUCCAUUGGCGUUCUUCUUCCAUCUUCUCCUACACUGAAUUUUUUUUUCUCUUUCUCUUCCUGCCAUUGUAUAAAGAAUAUUCGACCGUACGUUAUUCUUAGUCUAGCGACUAAUUAGUGUGGAUAAUGUGUAUUUCCAUCCCCGUGUACUUCUAAAGGACGCACGAUUUAAGACAAGCGGUGCCAGGUUUUUAAUCUCUUGAACCUGCUUGAACCUUCCCUAUUAUUUGUGUUAUUUUUUUCAUAAUGAAAAUUUUUUAUAUGGCAUUAUAAUUUUAGCUUCAAUUUUAAGGUUUGUUUUUAGGUUAAGGGCUGCAGUAGGGUAUUCUAUUUUCAGGGCAGUAAUAAUUUUUUUUAUUUAUAUUCGUAUAUAUGCAGCGAAAAAGUAUCACGUCGCUGAUUGGUACCUAGGUAAUUGUAGCUGUCUGUACAAAGUAAAGAUUUAUAGUUAAAUGGAA